AUGGUUGGUGCAGAUGCGCUAAACAACGAGGCUAGGCUGGUAAAAGAUUUACUAGAUAACUAUCCUGAAGAGAAAUCAGCGAGGCCGGUAUUAAAUGACUCCGAUGUUGUCGUCGUGACCUAUGGCUAUACUGUAACCCAAGUCGUUAAACUGCUUUCAAUAUUCAGAAUUCAAUAUAGUGAUAGCGAUGUUGACGGUCUUGUUGUGUUUCAGGACGAAAUACUUCAAACUAUAACUGUCAACGGGUGGAUGUUACAGAUUUGGCAGGAUCAAUUUAUGGUAUGGAAUGCUUCAGACUACGGUGGGAUAAAUAGAAUUAAAGUUCCCUCUCAUUUAAUUUGGAUGCCAGACAUAAUACUAUACAACAAUGUGGACAAGGACUUUGAACGUACCAGGACCAAUGUGCUAUUAUCUAUCACCUCGAAUGGUACUGUUGUUAAGACAACACCGGCUAUCUACACCGCCUUUUGCAAGUUGGAUGUGAAGUAUUUUCCAUUCGACAAGCAAGAAUGCGGGGAGAAAAUGUCGUUUGCCAUUACUAAUUUGCUAGCAAUUGUGCUGUUCCAACAACUUAUCGGCGAGACAUUACCUCCAUCUGACGAAGCCCCUUAUAUCGCAAAUUUUAUUACAUUGAUCAUCUCUCUUGGAUGCAUCUCAGUUGUGGCAACAUCGGUAAUUUUGAAGUUUCACUACGGACGACACAAAAAGCCUGUCAAUGGAUUUAUUCACAGAAUAUUCGUCAGAGGCCUCGGCUCGGUUCUGGGUGUGUAUGAACCGGAUUCUGACAGGCAACUUAUGCGUUCUAAAAGGGGUGAACUGGCGAAUUACUGUCCGAAGAUGAAUGCAGACAGGAGCGACAACAAAGAGUCAAUUAUGCCACCACGUCAAGGGUCAACCAUAACGACAGAGAAUGCAAACAUCAGAAAUUUUAAACAGCAGUUUGAUGAACAGGGAAAAGAGGAUGAACUAUCAAAAACAUGGACGGACCUGGCGCUUGUCUUUGACAGAGUAAUGCUGAUACUAUGCAUGCUAGUUUUCCUAAUCACAUCCGGUACGAUUGCUGCAAUGAUUAUGCAAAAUUAAACUUUAAUCUAAUGUUAACAAUUAAUGAACAUAAUAAAACAAGCGAAGUGGUUAUGCUUACGUCGAGGUGUAAGAAUCAUUAUAGGCCUACAGGCAAUGCUUACGCCGAUGUAUUGAGCAUGCGCACUAGUGUAGGCCUAGACAUAAGUGUAGGUUAGACAUGGUUAGACUAGCUAAAUUAUGAGCUAGCAUCCAUCGAGGUAGUAGUAUUUUUGCUAACUUCAAAUUCACAUCGGCAAAUUUAUAAUCCUGGUGCUGACCACCAUACAACAGCCUACGUCUAAGAAAGAUGUGUAGUAGUUUGUAGGCCUAUUUGCAACAUUACAAAGCACAUAAACAGGCUAAAUGUCCGCCGAUUUUAUCACCAAUAAGCGGAGUGGGAUCAGGGAGGUUUUGUGGGCCGAAUUAUCAUUGAGUCGGCGUAAAGAAGCUAUUUAAACAAGUGAGCUGUUAAUUAUUAUAUUAUUGUGAUUAUAGUGAAUACAACUAUAGUAGGCCUAAUAGCUACUUCUCUGCUAUUGACGAAACACAGAUAGUUAGCAAACGGCUAAAUGUUUCGAACAGGUAAAGAAAUCAUGGGCACAUUAGAUUAGAUUUCGUUGGUGGUACACGCCAAGAAUAACUCACAAAAGUCCUAAGACAUAUUUCCAGUUGGGAUCCUUCUGAUAGUGAAUUGAGCCAUAGGCAUAG